AUGCUCGUUCCCAGCCCAGUGUCGGGCCCGGGUGGUGGGCAGGCUCUUAUCAUCCAAACAUACACAUUCGGCGAGGUACAUCUAAGACGCAAUGCGCAUCAAGUCGAAGCUCUAGCCUGUCUGAUAGCUCGGCUGCCUCUCAAUAUCGACAUCCAGCCCGUCGCCAAUGGCACGCUCGCGCUGGCUCAGCUCCAACCUGCGGCCUUGGCCCAGCUCCGACCCGACCCACCCUCCAUCACCGAGGAAUCUCCCAAUUCAACAAGGCGUGAUCCGAUCGACGCGCAGUUCAUUGGUCUAUCUUUCUCUCUUCCUGUGCUUUCAGCUUGCCAGUUCCCCAGCGCCAGUCCCAAACUGAACACGCCCCGGCUUUCCGAUGCCACAUCUUCAUCCCACCCCAGCUCCUUCAGCGUCCGCGUUGGCGCUGGCGCUGGCUUUGGCUCGUCUGUUUAA